AUGAAUGACCUUACCACCAUGUUGAAAAAGGGACACCACAGUACCAACACGAGCAGGUCGACUUCACUUUUUCAAAUCCGGUUGAAACAUCUUGAACACGACGUGUUGGUCCUAAAAGGAAAUGAACACGAAGCAGGCUCAGUGCUACUUUCCGGAAAUAUAGUCUUAUCUGUGAAUGAACCAAUUUCGGUAAAGAGACUUACAUUAAGACUCUACUCUACUUUGAGAUUGAAAGCAGAUCUCUCAUCUGGAUCGUCUGCCGCAACUGGAUCGAGUAGAAGGCUGUUGAACUUCACAAAGAAAGUUUAUGAACACGUAUGGGAUCCAAGUGAAUUCAACAACUAUCUAGAUCAUGUUUAUGAUAGAGAUGAUCAAACCGGAGGACGCACAUCCCCUUCACCAUCUCAAUCGCCAAGUCAACAACCUCCUAUACAAAAGAACCACUCUACGACUUCUUUAGCAAGUCUUCGCUCAAGAAGCGGUCUCGGCUUAUCACGUUUGGGUUCUUCGGGUUCUUCUUCAACGAAUUUGAUGCACAUGGCAACUUCCAAUCAUCAUGCCAUUGGAGCUUCCAACCAUGUCCUUGUUCAAGGCAACUACGAAAUACCUUUUAGCGCAAUCUUGCCAGGUAGUAUGCCAGAGACAAUUGAAGGACUUCCUGGCUGUUCGUGCGUCUACAGAUUGGAAGCAAAUAUAGAAAGAGGAAAGUUUCACAGCACCAUGGUUGCUAAAAAACAUCUUAGAGUUGUGCGAACAUUGACCACAGAUGCUGUUGAGUUAUCAGAAACAAUAGCUGUAGACAACACGUGGCCAAAAAAAGUUGAGUACUCGCUCAGUUGUCCCACGCGGGCGUUGGCUAUAGGAAGUGGAACCCCUAUCAGCAUCAUGCUUGUACCUUUAUUAAAGGGUUUGACAUUGGGAGAUAUCAAGAUUCAGUUGAUUGAGUUUUAUUCCUACAUGGGCAAUGUCCCACCAAUGCACAGUGCCGAAAGAGUUAUAGCAUCAAAAAAAAUACCAAAGAAGGACCCCUCUGAGUUAGAGUUUGAUAAAUGGGAGUUUGAAACUUUUAUGAGACUACCAGCUAGUUUAUCCAAAUGUUGUCAGGAUGUUGACGGGGAACAUGUUAAAGUUAGGCACAAGUUGAAAUUCAACAUUGGUCUAAUCAAUCCGGAUGGGCAUGUGUCAGAAUUAAGAGCAUCUUUACCGAUUCAAUUAUUCAUAUCGCCUUUUGUCACCGUUAGCUCAAAACCUGAUGCAGAGUUUUUAGAAGAUGAUGGGAUUGGCAGUGCUUCUGCCACUAAUGAUGGCGAGGAAGAAGUUUUAUUCACUAGCGACUCCUUUGAACAGCUAAACAAUCUUGAGCAAGCAAAUAACAUCAAUAAUAAUAAUAAUAAUAACGGCACUGAUAACAACACAAACAAUAAUAAUAAUAAUAGUGGGCUCGCGUCAAAUAGCAGCUCACAUACAUCUUUGACUGGUUUGGUUGCGCCACCAUUGUAUGAGAGACACAUAUAUGAUCGAUUAUGGAGCGAUGUUUCACCAGUAGAAACACCCUUGACUUCAGGUGCUUCUACUCCGAGAAGUCGACCAGGUGGAGCCGAUGAAUAUGGCCAAUACUCUAUGCAACCAUUGGACUCUUCAGCUUUAACUGAGAAUUUAAGACAAUUGAGUCUACAGAGACAAGCGCAAGAAGCUGAACACAACCUGACGGGUAACGGGCGAGGCGCAACUUUUAAUUUCAAUCUCGAUGACGAAGAUGAACAGUCCAGCGAUCCAACUCAUCGAAACUUAAACUCAAGCGAUUUAUAUGCACAUUCUAGAAUGCCAGGUUUGGCUAGAAAUCAGAGCUUUUUAAGAGAACACCCAAUGACACCUCCAGUGCACUUGUCGAGGGUCAAUUCCGAUGCCAACAUCUUGAACAGUAGCGAAUUGUCACGUGUACCAUCUUAUCAACAAGCUAUGAAGAGUGAUAGAAGCGAUGAUUUCUCGCCUGCUUAUGAAGGACCCUCGCCAUCCUCAUUGACAACAAAUUUACAUCAACACUCGAACUCGAACUCGAACUCGCAUAUUAAUUUGCAAGACGUGAAUCGCCAUUUAACACAACAACCGCGGUCACUGGGCUCUCGCUUGGGAGGAGGAAUAGGUGGUAAAAUUGCGUCCUCUCGAGGAUCAUCACAAGGCUCGUCUCCAGCAAGUUCAAGAAAUGUGUCAUCGUCAAAUUUAGCUGGCAUGUUUGCUUCGGCAAAAAAAUCAGCAACCAAUUUGACCACUGGUGGUCACCCUUCUGCUGGUUCAGCUUCUGCUUCUGCGUCUUCUCAUAGCCAUACACCUGCUCACUCUCCUACCCCUGCCCCCGUACCGCAGAGAAAUGGACACUUGAAUCCCACAGUCGCAAGUUCUAGUAAUUCAUCGUUGAACAACCCGGGAUUGUCAACUAGCCCUCUGACACAAACACAGAUGCGGCAACCAAGUCCGCAUGAUCAGAGUGUGAGUCAAUUAUCAAGGAGUGCCAGUGAGCGCUCGGUUAAGCAUCCUGUGCGCUCCACGUCAAGUUUAAGUUUGCACAAUCUACAUUUCUUGAAUAAAAAGAAAGACAAAAAGUAG